AUGGACAACAAGUUCAAUCCACCGUGUGUCCCUGAUAUCAGCCACAAGUAUCCUGCAAAGCGCCCAUCAACACGCAAGCGUAAAUUUCCGGAUGCAGAGAUGGAUCGCCUCAACACAUUCAAACUUCAUUUCAUCAAUGCAAUGAAAAAUAUGUACGACAGCCUAACACCGCCUGGCGGUGUCUUAACCUCUGAAUAUUUAUUUCACAAUGAUGAGGCAGAAGCGAUUGUGUUCAAUCUACACAACAUCUCCACUAAGGAUGAUAUCCGAUCACUCAUUGGCGGACAGUCCUUCUCAGGCCAGCUGGAUAAAUUGGACAAGCUUGUAGCCGAAUUCAAAUCAAUGCAGGAAGAUAGCAAUACUGAGGGUUGCAGCCAGAAGUUUGCAAAAUUAAAUGGUAGCAAUACUCAAACACCAAUGGAACCCAAUGGUUCAGAGUUGCGCGCUCUAAGCGGACACCUUGAGAAUGAGCCACUUUUGAACGGACAACCUGAGCCUUCUGGACGUGCUCCACACAAGACUAAAAGGGAAAUCGCCGCGGAGAAGAGACAGCAGAAGGCAAAAUAA